UGGUGUGUGCCUUUUCCUUUAUUCACAGGUAUUUCUGCUGGGGAUAUGGAGAGAGGAAACCUAUCAGCAGUGACUGAGUUUAUCUUCACUGGCUUUCCCCAGAUCCAGGAUGGUGGUCUCCUAUACUUCUUUCCUUUACUUUUCAUCUACACCUUUAUUGUCAUUGGGAAUCUAUUGAUCUUCUUUGCUGUAAGGCUGGAUACCCAUCCCCACAAUCCCAUGUAUAAUUUCAUCAGUAUCUUUUCCUUUCUGGAGAUUUGGUACACCACAGUCACCAUUCCCAAGAUGCUCUCCAAUCUCAUCAGUGAAAAGAAGACUAUCUCUGUUACUGGCUGCCUCCUUCAGAUGUAUUUCUUCCAUUCACUUGGAAAUUUGGAGGGGAUCUUGCUAAUCACCAUGGCCAUUGACAGAUAUGUUGCAAUCUGCAACCCUCUUUGCUAUCAAAUGAUCGUGACUCCCCGACUGUGUGCUCAGCUCUCUGCAGGCUCCUGCCUCUUUGGCUUCCUCAUUCUGCUUCCUGAGAUUGUAAUGAUUUCAACAUUGCCCUUCUGUGGUCCCAACCAAAUCCAUCAAAUCUUUUGUGACUUGGUCCCAGUACCGAACCUGGCCUGCACAGACACAUCCAUGAUUCUGAUUGAGGAUGUGACCCAUGCCGUGGCCAUCAUCGUUACUGUCUCAAUCAUUGCCCUGUCCUAUAUAAGAAUCAUCACUGUGAUCCUGAGGAUUCCUUCUGCUGAGGGUCAGCAAAAGGCUUUUUCUACUUCUGCAGGCCAUCUUACAUUUUUUCUGAUAUUUUUUGGCAGUGUGUCCCUCAUGUACUUGCGUUUCAGUGCCACUCGCCCAACAGUUGUGGACACAACCAUUGCGUUUACUGUGCUUGCUCCAUUUUUUAACUCCAUCACCUAUAGUCUGAGAAACAAGGACAUGAAGAAUGCGAUUAGAAAACUCUUCUGUAUUAAAAAAGUGUUGAACAUGUCUGGAGGUUAA